AUGCCCUUAUUCAUUGUGGAGACGAGUUGCAGCCUGAUUGGCUGGUUCUUUCUGUAUGUGUUGCUGUGUCAUUUGAAUGGUGAAAGAGAUAAUGAGUGGAAUUGCAGACUGGUAACUCUGAUGCAUGGCAUCCUGAUAGUCUGUGUGACUGCCUAUAUUGGGUUUAUUGCUGGACCAUGGCCUUUCACACACCCAGGCACUGAAAACACAUCACACCAGAUCCUGGCUCUGGUGCUCAGCCUGGGAUACUUCCUCUUUGACAUGGCUUGGUGUGUGUACUUCCGGACAGAGGGUCCGGUGAUGCUGGCCCACCACACCAUGAGCAUCCUUGGGAUCCUGCUUGCUCUGGGACUGGGUGAGUCGGGCAUCGAGACCUGUGCCGUUCUCUUCGGCAGCGAGAUUACCAACCCGCUCUUGCAGGCUCGCUGGUUCCUGAAGCGUAUGGGCUGCUAUGACAGUUUGGCUGGAGACGUGGUGGACCUGCUCUUCAUUGUCCUAUUUGCUUCUGUGAGGAUCGGUGUUGGGAGCAGAAUGCUGUACUGUGAGUUAACCUCUCCAAAGCCAUCACUAAUCGUAAAAGUAGGUGGGGUGGCUAUUUACUCCCUCUCGUGGAUCUUCAUGGUAGACAUUGCACGCUUUGCCUGCCGGAAAACUCAAACCAAAUACAGGCGAUGGACAGAACAAUUCAAACUGGAUGAUGUCAGAGGACGUGCUGCUAAAGUGCAAUAG